GUGGGCCGUCCCUCCGCCGAGAAAAUGGCACCGUUUAACACGUGAGCCUCAUGUGACAGAGGUAGGUCAGGCUGAGCGGAGAGUCAGAGGGUUUAUUUAACUCGUCUCUCUAAACUCCCCCACUUUCCCAACGCGCCACCGAAAGGGUUACCUUCCUUCUGCGUCGGGUCCACGGCGUGGAACUAGCAGGGACUGACCAGAAAGCGUUUUCACACCCAAAUUAACCUUUAUAUGAAGUAGACUAGUGUUAAAUAAUGACAAAUUAGUACAAAUUUUGAUCUUGGUUCGAGCUAUUUUGUGCAGUUCACAAUCUACAGCUUUGCAACUUUUUUUUAUCUUUAUUAUUUUUUUUAAUUAAUGCGUGUUAACUUGUGACGGCACUGGAAAAGUACCACGGCUUUAACCGCGUAAUUGGAGUAAAAACAAUGGAGCGAAUUCCAAGCGCGCAACCGCCUCCGCUGUCCACACACCAGGCUGAUCUGUCAGACGUGCAGGGGAUGGAUUUCCCGAUGUAUGUAUAUAAACCUAGACGGGGAGUGAAGCGAGGAGAGGAGAGCAAGGACACGUACAAGCUGCCCCACAGACUUAUUGAGAAGAAAAGGCGUGACCGGAUAAACGAGUGCAUCGCUCAGCUGAAAGAUUUAUUACCAGAGCACCUGAAACUCACGACUUUGGGCCAUCUGGAGAAGGCUGUGGUUUUAGAGCUUACACUCAAGCAUGUGAAAGCCCUCACCUCUCUGCUGGAGCAGCAGCAGCAAAAGAUCCUGGCUUUGCAGAAUGGCAUGCAAAUUGAGCAGUCUCCUGUCAGCCAGGAGAAGUCAGAGGAGAUGUUCUACUCUGGCUUCCACAUGUGUGCAAAGGAGGUUCUUCAGUAUUUAACCAACUGUGAGACUGAUGGAGACUUCACGCCAUCCCAUGUCAUCAACCACAUUCAGAAAUUAGCAGCAGAGGUGCUACAAAGUCCGAUCCGACCCCGCACCCCUCUCAGCCCCCGACCUGAAGAAAUCCCUGCCUACGUCCAGCACCAGCCUCACAAGGAGAUGCCCACCAGCUUUCCCCCUAAACCCAGCGAGGGCUAUGGGAGGAACUGCGUGCCUGUUAUCCAGCGGGUGUAUGCUCCUCUGAGUGGUGAGCAGAGCGGCAGUGAUACAGAUACAGACAGCGGCUAUGGAGGAGAGCUGGAGAAGAAUGAAUCUGGGGCACCACAGGGACGUCCAGAUUACUAUGCUCAGGAGAGCCAGCUGAAACGAGCGCUGUGUGAGAGGCAGAGCUCCGGCAUCAAGCAGGAGGAUGACGAGCCACGGCACAAACGACCCCGCGUGGAGUCAUCUGAGGACGAGCUGCUGUCAGGUGGAGAGUUGUCAUCUUCACCGUCCUCUAGCGGCUACGGUAGUUACAUGAGUGUAUCCCCCACCCAUCCACCUCCUCCACAUCCCCUCUGCAUGCCUUUCUACCUCAUCCCACCCUCUGCUGCAGCCUACCUGCCAAUGCUGGAAAAAUGCUGGUACCCCGGGGCUGUUCCCAUGCUCUGCCCUGGCAUGGGAGGCUCCACACCCGCCAUGCCCAACGAAAGACCGCCUGCACCUCAGCUAGUGUUGUCUCCCAAGGGAGGCUCUCCAGCUCCAGCCAUAUCUCAGACCCCAAUGGACUCCCCUGCCCUCCUUCAGGCACUCAAGCAGGUACCACCCCUUAACCUGGAAACCAAAGACUGAAGGAUCAGACAAAAGGUGAAGAUAAUCCUCUUCAAGUACCUAAGACCAGAGUAGCCGGAGGGAGAAGAUGACUGAGCCAUUCCAUGAUCCAUCCUCAUUCCUCUCCUCUGUUCCUCAGCCUGGUGGUCAAACAGCAAAUGUGAGGACUUACAGAAAAGAUCAAGGAGAGGUGGGUGGGGGAUGCAGAGCUCUGGUUGAAUGUUUAAUACUCAGUACAAU